AUGUCAUAAACAGAAUUACAAUAACUUGCUGAUUCGAGUAGAACUUUAAAUACUGUAAAAUCUAUUUUGAAGAAUAUCAAAAAAGAUGAAUAAACAACUAAUACUCGAAUAGAUUCAAUGGGAAAUAUAAUUAUUAAAGGUGGCAAACAUAAAAUAACUUUUAAAUCAAUAUCAUAUGAACCAAUUGCUGUGAAUUUAACUAGGAAUAAAAUAUAAAUAGAUAGUGAUUCAUCAGAUUCUGAAUGCGAAAUUCGCUUAUCUAAUGUUAAUUAAAGUAUUCAGAAGACAAACGAGGAAGAAAAAAAUAAAAAUUAAAAACUAUAACCACUAAUUAAUAAUGAAUCAAAUUGUUGCAUCGUAUUUUGA